GAAGGGGCGGAGUCGGAGCUGCGCAUGUCUGCGAGCAGUCUCACUCACAAGCCAGGCAGGAGCCGCUCGUUCAUAGAGCCGAGAGAAGAAAAAUAAUAACGCCGUGGACGCCGCCGAGAAGGAAAGAGAAAUUAUACGAAUUAACGAUGAGGAAAUUGCUGCAAAGAUUAAGGCCGUCCACGUGAGGAUACGCCGCUUCGAGAGGAAAAGCAAAGGCGUGUAGUGAGAGAAAGAGAGAGCGAGCCAGCCAGCCAGCCGGCCGAAGCCUCUGCCACCCCUCCACUCAGCUCCGAGUGGAUGGUGCAGAUUUCUUUAGGGCUAAAAUAAAUGGGAGAAGUUGGGCCUCGACUCCCGGGGCAAGGGGCCGAGUGCUGUACUGUGAGGGAAAUAACGGCCCCUGCCAUCCUGACUGAGUACUCUCGAGCCACCGCCUUCCAGAUUAAACGUUUAUAAAAAAAAUUGCCCGCAAAGAUAGACGUUAAUAUAAACAAACACUGCGAUUUCUGCUGGGGACUAUCUCUUCGUCAUUUUUGUGGCUUUCUAUUCCCAGUAGGAUUGUGCGCAAAAAUAUCUUGGAACAAACAUGUCGGCAAAGGUGAGGCUGAAGAAGUUAGAACAGAUAUUAAUGGAGGGGCAUCAGAAGAAUGAAAAUUCACUCAGCGUCGAGACUCUCUUGGAUCUUUUAAUCUGUUUGUACAACGAAUGCAGCAGUUCCCCCCUAAGGAGAGAGAAAUAUGUGUCAGAAUUUCUGGAGUGGGUUAAACCAUUCACAACCACAGUGAAGGAAAUGAGACUCCACAGAGAUGACUUUGAAAUGCUAAAGGUCAUUGGACGAGGAGCCUUUGGAGAGGUGGCAGUUGUUAAAAUGAAAAAUACAGAGCGGGUUUAUGCAAUGAAGAUUCUUAACAAGUGGGAAAUGUUGAAGCGAGCUGAAACUGCUUGCUUUCGUGAAGAGAGGAAUGUUUUAGUCAAUGGUGACUGCCAGUGGAUCACUACCUUGCACUAUGCCUUUCAAGAUGAUAACUAUUUGUAUUUAGUCAUGGACUACUAUGUUGGUGGAGAUCUUCUCACGCUACUCAGCAAAUUUGAAGAUAGGCUUCCAGAAGAUAUGGCCAAAUUUUACUUGGCAGAAAUGGUUUUGGCAAUUCAUUCCAUUCAUCAACAUCACUAUGUUCACAGAGAUAUAAAGCCAGACAAUGUAUUACUUGACAUGAAUGGACAUAUACGUCUUGCUGACUUUGGCUCCUGCUUGAAAAUGAUGGAGGAUGGUACAGUACAGUCGUCGGUAGCAGUAGGCACACCAGAUUACAUCUCCCCAGAAAUUCUUCAGGCUAUGGAAGAUGGCAUGGGAAAGUAUGGGCCAGAAUGUGACUGGUGGUCUUUAGGUGUAUGCAUGUAUGAAAUGCUGUAUGGAGAGACGCCUUUCUAUGCUGAGUCUUUAGUAGAAACAUACGGGAAAAUUAUGAAUCAUGAAGAGCGUUUCCAGUUCCCAUCACAUAUUACAGAUGUAUCUGAAGAUGCAAAAGACCUUAUUCAAAGGCUUAUUUGCAGCAGGGAACGCCGCCUGGGACAGAAUGGGAUUGAAGACUUUAAAAAGCAUCCUUUCUUCAUGGGUAUUGACUGGGAGAAUAUCCGCAACACUGAAGCACCAUAUAUUCCUGAUGUUAGCAGUCCCUCGGAUACCUCUAACUUUGAUGUGGAUGAUGAUGUGCUGAAAAACCCGGAUGUUGUUCCACCAGCCUCCCACACUGGUUUCUCUGGACUGCAUUUGCCCUUUGUAGGAUUCACAUACACUACAGAAAGCUGUUUCUCUGACAGAAGCUCUUUGAAGAUGAUCAGGAAUGCAGAUGAUGCCUACCCUGAUUCUGAUUUGCAGAGAGACUUGGACAACAGCCUUCAGGUGGAGGCUUUCGAAAGGAGAAUUAAAAGACUUGAGCAAGAGAAACUGGAACUAAGUCGCAAAUUGCAAGAGUCUACGCAAGCUGUGCAGUCACUUCAUGUCUCAGGCCGAGGGUUAGGAACAUCAAACAGAGAAAAAGAAACAAAAAAAAUUAAAGAAGAAAUUGAGCGCCUAAAGAAGAAAUUAGCAGAUUCUGAUCGUCUGGAACAUCAACUGGAAGAAGCAGUAGCACUACAGCAAGAAUAUGAAAACUGUGUAAACAAACAAAAGGCUCUUGAAAAGCAAGUCAAAGCACUUAAGCAGGAAAAGGAAGAUUUUCAUAAGCAAUUAGUAGAGGCUUUGGAGAGGCUAAAAUCUCAGACCAAAGAACUAAAAGAUGCUCACCAGCAGCGUAAACUGGCUAUGAAAGAGUUCUCUGAGCUUAAUGAGCGCAUGGCUGAGCUGCUCUCCCAAAAGCAGAAACUGUCACGGCAGCUGCGAGACAAGGAAGAGGAGAUGGAGGUGGUCAUGCAAAAAAUUGACUCCAUGAGACAGGAUAUGCGAAAAACAGAAAAAGCCAGAAAAGAGCUGGAAGCCCAGCUUGAAGACGCCCUGGCUGAGGCUUCAAAAGAGCGAAAGUUAAGAGAGCACAGUGACAGUUAUUCCAAGCAGCUGGAAAGUGAGCUUGAAACUCUCAAGGUAAAGCAGGGUGGUCGAGUUGCUGGUGUCAGCUUGGAAGCACAGCAAGAACUCUCAAAGGUGAAAUCAGAGCUGGACAAGAAAAUCUUAUUCUAUGAAGAGGAGUUGGUGCGACGGGAGGCAUCCCAUUCAUCAGAGCUCAAAAAUUUGAAGAAAGAGGUUCAUGAUUCAGAGAGUCAACAGCUGACCUUUCAAAAGGAGAUACUGAUGCUCAAGGAUAAGCUUGAGAAAUCAAAACGUGAAAGGCAAAUUGAGAUGGAAGAAGCUGUUGGAUCUUUGAAAGAAAAAUAUGAACGUGAAAGAACUAUGCUAACAGAGGAAAAUAAGAAGUUAACAACUGAAAAUGACAAGCUUUGCUCAUUUGUUGAUAAGCUGACUGCCCAGAACCGGCAACUAGAAGAUGAAUUUCAAGACUUGGCAGCCAAGAAAGAAUCUGUUGCCCACUGGGAAGCUCAGAUAGCAGAAAUCAUCCAAUGGGUGAGUGAUGAAAAAGAUGCCAGGGGAUACUUACAAGCAUUAGCAUCAAAGAUGACAGAAGAACUUGAGUUGUUGAGAAACUCUAGCUUGGGAUCCAGGCCAUUGGACCCUCUUUGGAAGGUGCGGCGCAGCCAGAAGCUGGAUAUGUCAGCUCGCCUUGAGCUGCAGUCAGCCCUUGAAGCAGAAAUUCGUGCCAAACAACUUGUACAGGAGGAGCUGAGAAAAAGCAAGGCUUCAAACAUAUCUUUUGAAAGUAAACUGAAAGAAUCAGAAGUGAAGAAUAGGGAAUUAAUGGAGCAAAUUGAGGUAAUGAAGAAAGAGUUGGAAGACAACCGAUCACGUGCUGAAAAAGGUUUGAAACUUCCUGACUUUCAGGAAUCAAUUUUCGAAUACUUCAACACUUCUCCACUUCCGCAUGACUUAACAUUUAGGGAUUCAGUCUCCUCCUCAUCUGCAUCCUCUCUGCUAGCAUUUUGGGAUGAAACCAGUUCAAUUAGUGAACUAGACACUUCUUUACAGAAGCCUGAAGUCUCUUCCUCCCAUCCUGUAGUAACAGAGCCAGAGGAACCAUCAAAAGCACCAGACGUCAACCCAGUUACUACUGCCGCUGUUGGUUUUUCUUCAUCCUUAAAUGUCCCAAAGCCAAAAGCUCAUCGUUUGAGUAUUAAGACCUUCUUGAGUCCUACUCAGUGUACUCACUGCACCUCCCUGAUGGUGGGUUUGAUACGUCAAGGCUAUGCAUGUGAGGUUUGUUCCUUCAUAUGUCACACUUCCUGUAAGGACAACGCACCAGUUAUUUGUCCAAUACCACCAGAGCAGGCCAAAAGACCAUUGGGCAUUGAUGUCCAAAGAGGCAUAGGAACAGCAUACAAAGGAUUUGUCAGGAUCCCCAAACCAACAGGAGUGAGAAAAGGGUGGCAGCGUGCUUUUGCAGUUGUUUGUGAUUGUAAACUUUUUUUAUAUGAUGUACCUGAGGGAAAAUCUACACAACCUGGUGUUGUAGCCAGUUUAGUCUUAGAUCUUAGAGAUGAAGAUUUUUCUGUAAGCUCUGUAUUGGCAUCUGAUGUGAUUCAUGCAACAAGAAAAGAUGUACCCUGCAUUUUUAAGGUAACUUCUUCUCUUUUGAGUUCUCCUUCAAAGACCUAUUCACUGCUAAUCUUGGCUGAAAGUGAAGUAGAAAAGAGGAAGUGGGUUGGAAUCCUGGAGGGGCUGCAAAAUAUCUUGAACAAGAACAAACUGAAAAACAGAGUGGUGCAUGUCCCACAGGAAGCCUAUGAUAAUACACUGCCUGCAAUUAAAACAACAUUAUCUGCUGCUAUUGUAGACCGGGAGCGCAUUGCCCUUGGCACAGAGGAAGGUCUAUAUGUUGUAGAAGUUACAAGAGAUGUAAUAGUACGAGCUGCUGACUGUAAGAGAGUGCACCAGAUUGAGCUCAUUCCCAAAGAAAAAAUAAUCAUCCUCAUAUGUGGCCGUAACCGUCAUGUGCACUUAUACCCAUGGUCUACACUGGAUGGGCCUGAAACAAAUUAUGAUGUCAAACUUCCUGACACCAAGGGAUGUCAGACUCUUACCACAGGUUCCCUCAGGCAAGGUGGACCUACUUGUGUGUUAGUAGCAGUAAAGAGGCAAGUGUUGUGCUAUGAGAUUACCAGAAGUAAACCUCACCACAAGAAAAUAAUGGAGUUGAAUGCACCUGGAACAAUUCAGUGGAUGGCCCUGUUCAGGGAUCAGCUUUGUGUUGGCUAUCCUUCUGGAUUCUCAUUGCUUAGUCUCCAGGGAGAAGGUUCUAUCACAAACUUGGUCAAUCCAACUGACAGCUCCUUAGCCUUCCUUAGCCAGCAGACAUUGGAUGCUCUUUGUGCUGUAGAUGUUAGUACCAAUGAAUACCUUCUCUGCUUUAGCCAUCUUGGCAUCUAUGUGGAUUCUCAAGGUCGAAGGACACGAAUGCAGGAGCUUAUGUGGCCAGCAACUCCGAUCGCGUGUAGUUACAGUUCAUCCUACCUUACUGUCUACAGUGAUUAUGGUGUUGAUGUCUUUGAUGUCACUUCAAUGGAGUGGGUUCAAACUAUUGCUUUAAGGAAAAUCAGGCCAUUAAAUGUUGAAGGCACACUAAACAUCCUCAGCUGGGAGCAGCCAAGACUGUUAUACUUCAGUAACAACUACACUGAAACUGCUGAACUGGCCAUUCCAGAAACCUGCGACAACAGUAAGAAGCAAAUGGUACGCACUCGAAGCAAAAGAAAGUUUGUAUUUAAGGCACCACUGGAGGAAAAGAUGCAGCAAAGAUGGGAGAUGCUAAAGGACCCAGAAAUGAGGUCUAGGAUGAUCUCCAAUCCAACAAACUUCAACCAUGUGGCUCAUAUGGGACCAGGUGAUGGAAUGCAAGUUCUUAUGGAUCUACCUUUGCAGAAUGAAUUUCCUUCCCCCUCAUCCUCUCGACACCAUGCUUUGAUAUCUCCUCCAACCAACUUUGAGCACGUCUAUCACAUGAGCCCUAUUUCUGCAGAAAUCUAUCUCCAGAAAGACCAUUCCUCACUGCAAGGCCUCUCACCGCUCUCUUCCUCCUCCUCUCCCUCCACCACUUCCUUAGCAAGGAGUGUUUUGCCUACAACUCAAGAUGAUCAGUCCAGAGAUAGACCAAGACCCAUGUCAUCUGCUAGUAUCACUCGACAGCAUCAACAGAGGAGUAAAAGUUACAUCACACGAACAGCAUCGGGGGGUACAGAUUUUAGCAGCUCAGCAUCAUCACGCAACAUCUCAGAUCCUGACCAAGAUUUUGAAAAAGAGCCGGACUCUGACUCCACCAAACAUUCAACUCCUUCAAACAGCUCAAAUCCCAGCAGCCCUCCGAGUCCCAAUUCCCCACACCGCAGCCAGCUUACCCUCGACGGCCUGGACCAUUCCACGUUUGAUGUUUGAAACAACCAGUUUGUUCCAGAAAGGAUUUUUUUAAAACUCUUUCUUACUUUGCUUCAGGAUGGGAAACAUCAGGACUUGAGGAUCUUGAAGAAAUGUUGCUACAAGAAAGUGCCAAGUACAGCUUGUAUUUAGUUUUUAGUUUUUUUUUUUCUUUUUGAUCAGUGUUGCACAGAAAAGAAUUGUGAUCAUUUAAUUUCUUCUCACAUCUGUUUACUCCAAAUCAGAAUGACUUUUAUUUUUUUAAAUAGAUUUCAUGAUUUCUUUUUCAAGCAUAAUUAAUGAGCGAAUUUCCUAAUGGGUUUCAUCUGUAAAUGACCUUGCUAAUCGUGUCCAUGGUAUAAGAACAGGAUUGGUGUUCUCAAGGUCUUUGCAAGCUACUGUGUGUGGGAUAUGAACUUAGCACAGAAAAGCAAACCUCAGCUUAGAAUUUCACCAGAGGCUGCUGGCCCGGUGUCAGGCAUUCAGAAGUUAUUUCUUCUGCUGUUCAGAAAGCUGCAAGUUUCCCCCAUAUGUUUGUAUGCCCGCUUUGUAGCUCUUUAUAUCUUUCAAUAUGUAUUACAAAGGCCCAGACCAGAGGGGUCGUGCAAUGAAUCUCUGCAGCAUGUUGUUAUGCUGACUGUAAGAAAUUCAGCACAGUGGAUGAUCCAUAGCAAAGAAUUUAUCCCAGAAAGGACAAAUGGAGCCCCAUGGUUCAGCUCUGCUGGAUAGUUUUGUUCAGCAGUUUCUACUUACAUGUUCCAGAAGAGUCCUAUUUUUCCUUUUAAAAUUUUAAGAAAUAAUCCUAGCAUCACAUAUUAUGAAAAUUAUCGAUUGCUCUGACUAACUUCUCUUCAUUGUGGAUAAGGAUCAAUGGACUGCUGAAUCAGUCAGGAACUGCAGCUGCAGUCCACUUUUAGCCUACAUUAGAGACAUUUAUCUCUUCCUGUUCUUUUGCACUGUCGGGGUCAAAAAUGAAAAUGCCAAUAUCUGACUCUUCAGGGUUUAUGCAGUGCCAGUAGUCACUACUGUGAAUGUCUGUGUCAGUUAGCUUUGUGCAGUGCUUUAUCAGUAAUGUACAGCACGUAGAGAGAGGCUGCAGAAUAUGUAAGACUCAGCUUUUCCUGAGACACAUGCGAGCUCCUUGCAAUAGCUGUAAAAUUGCUUUGAAAUGGUUACUUAAGGAAACUCUCACUGCGUAAUGCAUAGGAUCAAUUGAAAUAUCCAUGAACUGCGCGCUCUGCGGUGUACUUAUGUCACAUCUUGAUGUGCGUGACAGCCAGCCCAUUUCACGUAUGACAUGUUGUUUGCUUUGUGAAAAAUUGCAAAAACAAAAAGCCCCCAUGGUGCGCACGCAGCUGCUCACUACUAACCAACUGUUUUGUUGCCAUUUUAUCCCUGCCACCUUCUUUUCCCGAAUUUUAUCCAAAUGUUUGUGAACACCCUUCAUUUAAAAGCUUCUAUUUGACAGCCGUCAAUGGCCUAUAUCCAGUGCGUCACACAAGUGUGCCUUCUGUGACAUUACAGUAACAUCCGUGAUAUCUGGAGCACCAGGUUUGUUUUUUUUGUUGCCCGCCUGCUGGUGCCUCAUACAGAAAUUUUCAAUGAACCCGGUCUUUUGUUUUUUUUGGUAUUAUGUUUCUCCUUUUUUUUUGGUCCCCAAACCCAUCCUCAACCCUCCCUUUAGUAUUUUUCUUUGUGAAGUCGCUCAGUAUUUAAGUCAAACCUCAACUGCUUUCCAGAUUCCUUCCCUUUUUUUAAUUGCAAGUCUUUAUAAUUAAUUAAAUUUAAAAAGCAGAAAAGGUAAUAAAGAAAAAGGGGAUUUUUUUUUUUCUUUUCGUAAACUUAAUUUCUAUUUUUUUGCAACUGUGGCAAAAUGGAAGAUAUUUUAAGUUAUUAAAGAAGCCAAGUCUUGUG